AAUACUCAUACGUAGCCAAAGUGCAAUCAGCGAAAAAGUUUCCCCCCUUUCGAUUGAUUCCUCAGGCGAUUUUUAGGGUUCUUGUUGAAGCGCGUGGGAGCGGAGAGACAAUACUGGGAUUUCUAGGGUUGGCUAUUCCUAAUCGGAACCCUAGUUCUGUAAUCCAAAACCAUGGCUCACCACUCAGACGACGACGAAGAUUAUUCCUAUGACGAUGAUUCCGAAUUGGAGGAGGAGUCGAGGAGCAGCCGCAAAGGAGGCUCGGGGAAAAAGAGGGGAAGGUCAAUUUCAGAUUCCGCCGCUCGGGGAGGGAAGAAAAAGAAGCCUUCGGGUUCCAAGUUCAUAGACGAUAUUGCUAUUGUGGAUGACGACGAGGACGAAGACGAGCAAGAGGAUGGUUUCGUUGAGACUGGCUUUCCUGCUGAGGAUGAUGAUCAUAUGCAGUAUUACGAACAGAGGUCUCAUCCUCUUGUGGAUGAUGAUGAUGAUGAUCUCGAAGGGCUUGAUAACAGACAUUUUCAAGAAAGGUAUUCUAGCGUGUAUACACAUGAUGACGAUGACCAUGAAGACCUCACCGACGUUGAUCAGCAAGCGCUCUUGCCAUCAGUGCGUGACCCAAAACUUUGGAUGGUGAAGUGUGCGAUUGGUCGUGAAAGAGAGGUUGCUGUUUGUCUAAUGCAAAAAGUCAUAGAUAGAGGAUCAGAUUUGAAGAUCAGAUCUGCAAUUGCGCUUGAUCAUCUUCAAAACUAUAUAUACAUUGAAGCGGAUAUGGAAGCUCACGUUAAAGAGGCUAUCAAGGGCAUGCGGAAUAUUUUUGCAAAUCACAAGAUUUUACUUGUCCCGAUAAGAGAAAUGACAGAUGUUCUUUCUGUCAAGAGUAAAACAAUCGAUCUAGCACGGGAUACAUGGGUUAGAAUGAAACUCGGGAUAUAUAAGGGUGAUCUAGCUCAGGUGGUUGAUGUUGAUAAUGUGCGUAGGAGGGUCACAGUCAAGUUAAUCCCAAGAAUUGAUCUGCAGGUUCUUGCCAAUAAGCUGGAAGGAAUAGAGAUUGCCAAGAAGAAAGCUUUUGUUCCACCUCCACGCUUCAUGAACGUGGAUGAGGCAAGGGAACUUCACAUUCGCGUUGAGCACCGACGUGACCGGAUGACGGGUGAUUACUUUGAAAAUAUCGGUGGAAUGCUUUUCAAAGAUGGUUUCAUAUACAAAAAAGUAUCAACAAAGUCGAUUUCUGCUCAGAAUGUUACACCGACCUUCGAUGAACUUGAAAAAUUUAAGAAGCCAAGCGAGAAUGGGGAGAUCGACUUUGUUGAUAUCUCGAAUUUAUUUGCGAAUAGGAAGAAGGGUCAUUUCGUGAAAGGUGAUGAGGUUAUUGUUAUCAAGGGAGAUCUAAAAAAUUUGAAGGGUUGGGUUGAGAAAGUGGAUGAAGAGAAUGUUCUUAUCAGAUCAGAGAUGAAAGGUCUUCAUAAUCCUCUUGCUGUAAAUGAGAGAGAGCUUUGCAAAUACUUUGAACCUGGAAAUCAUGUGAAGGUUGUUUCUGGCACCCAUGAAGGAGCAACCGGCAUGGUUGUCAAAGUUGAUCAGCAUGUGCUUAUCAUUCUGUCUGAUACGACCAAAGAACACAUUCGUGUCUUCGCUGAUCAUGUCGUCAAGAGUACUGAAGUCACUAAUGGAGUGACAAAAAUUGGAGACUAUGAACUUCAUGAUCUUGUACUUCUAAGCAAUUUGAGCUUUGGAGUAAUUAUAAAACUUGAUAAAGACGCUAUCCAGGUUCUUAAAGGGGUUCCUGAAAGACCGGAGGUGUCUAUUGUCAAACACGGAGAAAUAAAGUACAAAAUUGAGAAGAAAAUCAAUGUGAAAGACCGUUACAAAAAUGUCAUCACGGUGAAAGAUGUUGUCAGGGUCAUUGAGGGUCCUAGCAAAAGUAAACAAGGUCCAGUGGUGCAAAUCUACAAAGGAGUGUUAUUUUUACAUGACCGGCAUAACGUUGAGCACGCUGGAUUUAUCUGCGCUAAAUGCUCAUCUUGUGUUCUUGUUGGUGGAAAUGUUGAUUCCUUCUCAAGGUUUGGAAAUUUCAAGACACCAGCCACGGUACCUCCAUCUCCAAGAAGAUUUCAACGGGCAGACUUGGGAUAUAACUCUGGAGCUGGAGCAAGACAUUGGAGUGGGAGAGGAGGAAGGGGUCACGAUCUUUUGGUGGGUGCUUAUGUGAGAGUUCGUCUGGGGCCUUACAAGGGAUAUAGGGGUCGUAUAGUAGAAGUCAAAGAUAAGUCAGUGCUUGCUCGGGAUGCUAUAUCGGAUUUGACUGAUAAUGUAGCGACACCUUCUCAGUAUAAUAUGGGAAGCCAAACUCCUAUGCAUCCUUCCCGGACUCCACUUCAUCCUUGUAUGACUCCAAUGCGGGAUUCUGGAGCUACACCUAUCCAUGAUGGGAUGAGGACACCCAUGCGUGAUAGAGCUUGGAAUCCUUACACGCCUAUGAGUCCUCCUCGGGAUAACUGGGAAGAUGGAAACCUGGGAUCAUGGGGAACAAGUUUACAGUAUCAGCCGGUAAGUCCUCAUUCGAGAGCGUAUGAAGCAGCCACCCCUGGUCGUAGUUACAAUGAUGCUGUAACACCAAUAGACAAUGCUAAUGCCCCAACUCCUUACCAAUCUAUGACACCAAGCUCGGCUUCCUAUCUACCUAGCACUCCCGGAGUACAAGCAAUGACUCCUGGAACCGACCUCGAUGUCAUCAUGUCUCCGGAUAUAGGUGGGGACGCAGAAACAUGGUUCAUGCCUGGUAUUUUGGUCGAUGUACACAAGACUGGAGCUGAGGAUAGCAAUGUGGGCGUCAUCAGAGAUGUUCUUCCGGAUGGCUCCUGUGUAGUCGCUCUCGGAGACAGAGGUGAAGGCGACAGUGUAAUGGCGAUACAAAACGAAGUGAAGAGAGUUUGUCCGAGGAAGAGCGAACGUGUGAAGAUUGUUGGAGGGAAGCAUCGUGGUUCAUUAGCUAAGCUCAUUGGCGUGGACGGAUCCGACGGUAUAGUUAAGCUAGAUGACAGUCUCGAUGUCAAGAUUCUAGACCUGGCUUUACUAGCCAAGUUAGCUCAUGCGUGACCCCAUAGGAUACGUCGUCUAAUUUCUGCUAAUUAAUUUGCUUUUUUUUUUUUUUAACUACGCAAAUUCUUACUCUUUGUGACUAUUGCAACUUUUCAUAUUAUUGAAGAUUAAACAAGUACAAA